AAUAAGGUGACACCCGAGCGUGGUUUCCGAGAGCUCGAAAGCCUCAGGACGUGCCGACAUAAGGCGGUGAGGAAGGGGAGUCGGAGUCAUGGCCUUUCCUGAGCCGAAGCCGCGGGCCCCCGAGCUGCCGCAGAAGCGGCUGAGGACGCUGGACUGCGGGCAGGGGGCGGUGCGAGCCGUGCGGUUUAAUGUGGAUGGCAAUUACUGCCUGACGUGCGGCAGCGAUAAGACCCUGAAGCUGUGGAACCCGCUGCGAGGGACGCUGCUGCGGACGUACAGCGGCCACGGCUACGAAGUGCUGGACGCGGCCGGCUCCUUUGACAACAGCAAUCUCUGCUCCGGCGGCGGGGACAAGGCCGUGGUGCUGUGGGACGUGGCGUCAGGACAGGUCGUGCGCAAAUUCCGGGGCCACGCGGGGAAGGUGAACACGGUGCAGUUUAACGAAGAGGCCACGAUGAUUCUGUCCGGCUCUAUCGAUUCCAGCAUCCGCUGCUGGGACUGCCGCUCUCGGAAGCACGAGCCAGUGCAGACGCUGGACGAGGCCAGGGACGGCAUAUCCAGUGUGAAGGUGUCAGACCAUGAGGUCCUGGCAGGCUCUGUAGAUGGCCGGGUGAGGCGUUAUGACCUGAGGAUGGGACAGCUCUUCUCAGACUACGUGGGCAGUGCCAUCACCUGCAUCUGCUUCAGCCGGGACGGACAGUGCACCCUGGUGUCCAGCCUGGACUCCACGUUGCGGCUUCUAGACAAAGACACGGGGGAGUUGCUGGGCGAGUACACUGGCCAUAAGAACCAGGAGUACAAGCUGGACUGCUGCCUGAGCGAGCGGGACACACACGUGGUCAGCUGCUCUGAGGACGGGCAGGUCUUCUUCUGGGACCUGGUGGAGGGUGCCCUGGCGCUGGCCCUGCCCGUGGGUUCCGGGGUGGUGCAGUCGCUGGCCUUCCACCCCACCGAGCCCUGCCUGCUGACCGCCAUGGGGGGCAGCGUCCAGUGCUGGCGGGAAGAGGCCUACGAGGCUGAGGGCGGAGCAGGCUGACGUGGGGGGCACCCCAAGGACAGAGAGACACUCAAAGGCCAGCAAGGACUGUUUAUUCCAGAGACGCUGCUGGCUGAGGAGGAGAGGAAGGGGUUUCCACUCUAAUAAAUAGAGGAGGGGGCCAGCCUCUCACGGCCACGGCCCUUCAGUCCUCGUUUUUCUCUGG